AUGGUGUUAUCGCUUAUUGAGGUUUUGUGUGCCAAACCUCUGUCCUUUGUUGAUGGCAAGGCCGCCCCUGUUGCCCCCUCCAAUGUCUGUUUGAAGCCUGGUAGGAGGAGCAAAAGGCUUAGAACCUUUUCUAGUAAAUUAGAUGAGAGGUUCCAUUUCGAUAAGAAAAUUAAGGGCUUAGUUGGCCACCCUUCCCCGUUGGUAGUAGGAAGUAAUCAAUGCGUUGACCCUGAGGAACGAUUCCAAGGAUCUCUUAAAAAACUAAAGGCGACAAGUUCUGUUUCCCUGGGUGGGGAUAUUUUGCUUGCUAACAAGGAUAUUUUUGAAUUGAUUGAGCGGAAAAAACAUCUCAACAACAAGGUCUUGGAUGCACUAAUCAAGUUCAGUCGGCAUAUAUUGAGGGUUGAUGAUGGUGACGGUGAGAAGUUGCGUGUUGAAGUCCUCGAUUCGAAGUUUGUUUCCCAGCUAACUCGUCUUUAUUACAAGUUUUCCAAAUCUGAUCCCCUUGGAGAUUUCAUUUUCCCAUCCCCAUUGAUUGAUAUCUUACGUGGAGCUGGGGAUCCUGAGCGGGUUGAAUUAUUUUCCGAGGCUGAUUUUCUUUACCUGCCGUUUAACUUCGACAAAAAACAUUGGGUUGCAUUGUGUGUUGACCUCAAUGGCGGCAAGAUUGUAGUCCUUGACUCUAAUUAUCAGCUCCGUAAAGAUGCAGCUCUACAAUCUGAACUUCAGCCUCUUGCUGUCAUGCUGCCUUUCCUUCUCAAACAAGCUGCAUUUAAUCCGUCUAUGAAGCAGUUGCCUGUUAACCCAUUUUCUAUUGAACGCCCUCUGUCGAUCCCUCAGGUUUCAUCUCCAUUUGAUUCUGGGGUUGUAUCUGUCUUCUUAAUCCAUGCGCAUGCCACUGGAGGUCUGGAGGAGUGUAAUGAUUUUGACGUUGGGGCGAUUGAGAGUGAAGUGAAAAAGCUUGUUUGUGCUAUAAUGAUUGUCGGUGUUGCUUCCUAACCGUUUUAUUAGCGGUCUUAGUUGUUUCUUAUCCUGAACCAAUCUCUUACAUCUUUUAAUGUUUGGUUAUUGCUACCUUUUUAAUUUCUUGGUUUGUUACUAUUUUUAAGUAAUAUUUGGAGUUUUUUUUUGUUGUU